GGGCCGAUGAGUCAAAGGAUUCCCCAGACCCUGGGGACAGCGAGAAACCGGCCACCCCGGGCGAGGGAGCGCUGAGCUCUGACCUCGACAAGAUCCCCACGGAAGAGCUGCCCAAGAUGGAGAGCAAAGACGUGCAGCAGCUCUUCAAGGACGUGCUGGGCUCGGCGGAGCGGGGGGAGCAGCCCCUCAACUGCGUGGCCGGGGGGAUGGAGGCCGGGCAGGACCCCGGCCGGGCACAGCGCCCCUUCCUGCAAGGAGACCUCCAGCUCUCGGGGCAGGGGAGCGUUUCCCUGGGCUCACUCUCCGGAUCCGUCUCCUUGGACUCGUAUUCAGGGGUCUGCCCGUCCCCAUUCCUCGACAGCAGGGAGCGGAGUGGCUUCUUCAGCCCAGACCACUGCGAGCCCGAGAGCCCCUGGGCCAGCAGCUCGGCUGCCACCACCCCCUCGACCCCCACAACACCCACGACAGAGGGGGAGGGCGAUGGCCUGUCCUACAACCAGCGCAGCCUCCAGCGCUGGGAAAAGGAUGAGGAGCUGGGCGAGCUCUCCACCAUCUCCCCCGUCCUCUACGCCAACAUGAACUUCCCCAAUCUCAAGCAGGAUUAUCCAG